AUGGCAAGAACAGCUCUGCUUCAUUUGGCGCGAUCUCGAAUCAGCUAUCUCAAAUCCACAAAUAUUCAAUCAGGUUAUCAUCUGGGUAGAGGUGCUCCUAAUGCCAAAAUUUACACUAAUUUCCCCAAGCAGUUUGAUACUGUUGAGAAACGAUGGUUGUCUCAGUCUUCAUUAGCUGAAAAUGACAAGAAGAUCAGUAUUGGACCUCAAAAAGGAGGAGAAUCUGGAAAUGGAGAAAAAGACACUGGAAUUGUUUAUUAUGGCCCAAUAUCAAAUACUAUCAAGAAAGUGAAGCUCCUCUCUCUUUCCACCUGCUGCCUCUCUGUGUCAUUAGGUCCUGUAAUAACUUUCAUGACAUCUCCUGACAUGAAUGUUAUCUUGAAGGGUGCAGUGGCAUCUUCUGUUAUAUUUCUAAGUGCUUCGACUACUGCAGCUCUUCACUGGUUUGUAAGCCCUUACGUUCACAAGCUUAGAUGGCAGCCUGGUUCAGACAGCUUUGAGGUGGACAUGAUGACGUGGCUGGCAACUUAUGUUCCUAAAACAAUAAAGUUUGCAGAUAUCAGGCCACCAGAGACCAAUCGGCCUUUUGUGUCGUUUAUGGCUAACGAUCAGUUUUAUUUCGUUGAUGCAGAGCACUGUCAUAACAAGGCAUUGUCGGCAAAACUUACCCCGCAAAAACAAGCUCGUGAAUCAGCUUUCAAGAAUUUGUGA